GAACCCCCGGCCCCCCUCAGCCCCCCGGGGGUUGUGGCCGAAGUGGGGGGCUGGGGACCGCUGUGACCCCCGCGGCUGGGCAGGGGGUGGCGGCUCCUGGGGGUGCGGGGCAGCGUGUGUCCCCCCGAGCGGCCCCGGGAGCCGCCGUGCCCGGGGGUGGCGGGGAUGGGGGGGCAGCCCCGGGGGCGGCACCGGGCCGGGGGGAGGGGCUGGCGGCCGCCCGGUGCCCACGUGGUUUCGCGGUGUCUCCGGAGCGGAAGAAACGGCGGCCGGGGCUGCGGCGGGGGCGGCCGGGACCGACACGACACCGGCACCGCAUCCCGGCGGGCGCUGCCGCGUCGCAUCGCAUCGCAUCGCAUCGCAUCGUAUCGUAUCGCCGGUAUUUGUAGGCCUCGAGGAGGGACCAUCGGCUGGGAACGCAGAGGGAGCACAACCGGUGCCGUGGGAACCUCCACCGUUACCCCUGGAACCUAAUGAUAACGCUGCCAUCUCCCACUGACCCUGUCGUGGCUGAUCUGAGCGCCUGCCCGCCGCGGCUCCCUGCCCGCGCCGCCGCCGCCUGAGACCCGCGUGCCCGCGCCGCAGCCCUGCCCAGCCCGCACCGCUUCGCCCCGUGCCCGGGGCCCGCUGCAAGGCAGGACAUGGACUCCAUGUUCGAGGACGACAUCAGCAUCCUGACGCCGGAGGCGCUGGGGCCGGAUGAGGACUGGCUGGAUAGCCCCAACACCGACCUCUCGGGAGAGAUGUGCUCGGCCUCACACUUCGCCCUCAUCACCGCCUACGACGACAUCAAGAACCGGCUGACGGGGCUGGAGAGGGAGAACUCCACGCUCAAGCGCCGGCUCAAGAUGUACGAGGUCAAGUACCCGCUGAUCGGCGAGUUCGGUGAGGAGCACAUCUUCUCCCUCUACGAGGCCAAGGAGACAUCGCUGCUCAAGAGCGAGAAGGCGUCACUGCAGCAGCAGCUCAACCAGUUCCAGCACGAGCUGCAGAAGAGCAAAGAGCGGGAGGAGCAGCUGGAGGAGAUGAUCCAGGCCUACGAGAAGCUCUGUGUGGAGAAGGCGGAUCUGGAGACCGAGCUGGGAGAGAUGCGGGCGCUGGUGGAGACGCAUCUGAGCCGCAUCCGGAGCCUGGAGCAGCAGCUGCGGCAGCGCGAUGGUGGCACCUUCCCAGGGCUGGGGACCCCGCUGCCGGGCCAGGACGUGCCUUUCCUCACCCUGCACCCCAACCCUGGCCUGACCCACGUGCUGGAGCGCGCCGGGGGCUGGCAGAGCCGGGGGCUGGAGGCCGAGCUGGAGGCGGCGCGGCAGGAGAGCCAGCGCGCCCAGCACCGCGAGGAGCAGCUCAAGGCCGAGUGCGAGCGGCUGCAGGCGGAGCUGAAGCACCUGCAGGACUCCCGGGAGCAGGAGCAGUCGGAGCGGGACAUGGCCUGGGUGAAGAAGGUGGGCGACGACCAGGUGAACCUGGCGCUGGCCUACACGGAGCUGACGGAGGAGCUGUGCCAGCUGCGCAACCUCAGCGCCCUGCAGAGCCAGAUCCUGCGCGCGCUGCUGCAGGACAAGAGCCUCAACGGCGGCCAGCGCCACUCCCCGCUGUCCCAGUGCCAUUCCCCGGCCCAGCAGCGCCGCUCGCACCGCCCCGCAGUGCCCCGCACCGCUGCGCCAGGGCGGCCACCAGCACCGCAGUGCCAGUCGCCAGCGCUGCAGCGGCGCUCGCCAGCCCCCCCCAGCCAGUCGCCGGCCCAGCAGCGCCGCUCGCAGCGGCCCCCGCGCCCUGCCAGUCCCCCCGCCCCACAGCGCCGCUCCCCCGUGCCACCCGCCAACCAGUCGCCCGCCCAGCAGCGCCGGUCCCCAGUGCCACCAUCCUGUCCAUCCCCGGCUUCGGGCGUCACCACACACCGGCUGCCCGGGGAGAGGAUGGAGCUGGGCUACGCCAAACCCUCCAGCCGGCACGUCAAGGCGGGUUUCCAGGGACGCCGCAGCUACUCGGAGGUGACGAACGUGGCCCUGUACCAGCAGAGCCGCUCGCUCUGGCUGCAGCCCGAAGCCUCCACGCUCCCCAAGCACCGGCCCUAUGGCGACGUGUACCUGGGGGGCGCGGGGGCCCCGCUGAGCGCCCCGCGCCCGCCCUUCGAGGAGCACGUGCGCUUUGAGAAGCAAUCGUCGGACGAGGAGGAGUGGGGGGUCCCCAGCCCCCCCAGCCCCGAGGUGGGUGCCAUCCGCUGCGCCUCCUUCUGCGCCGGCUUCCCCGACGCCGACGCUGCGCCGAUCGGACCCGCUGCCUACGCCCGGGCAGAGCACGCGCAGUUCCUGGCCCCUCCAUCAAUGUAACUGCUGCUGGAGACGGGGGACUCGGAGGUGCGGAGCUGCCCGCUGUGCCAGCUGGCCUUCCCCAUCGGCUACCCCGACGACGCGCUGGUCAAGCACCUCGACUCGCACCUGGAGAACAGCAAGAUCUGAGCCUGCCCCCCCCGCUCCCCCAUCUCUGGAUGCUGCAUGAGAACACACCGGGAGCCCCCCGGCUCCCGAAAUACCUCCAAGUCUUCAGUAGCUACGGAAAGACUG